GUACUAGGAUCCAAGAAAAUAAAAUCUUCACAGGAUUCAACAAACACAUCAGAGGAUAGUGAUGGUAAUACACCCCAGCUUACCACUGGUCUCCGAUCUUCUUCAAAGAAUGUUUCAAACAAUUCAAAGAACAAAAGAACCACAGUAAAAAGAAAGACUAACAAGAAAGGAAGGAAAGAAAGAACCGCAACAAGGAAUGUUAGGGAUCCUCCUGAGCUUGACAAAGUUCUUCCAUCCUUGGCUGAUAUUAAGGCAAUAACCAAACCUUCAAAAGAUGCUGGUCUUCCUGUUGAUGUUCUGUUACUUACAGUUACAAACUGUGAGUUCUUAGCUUGUUACAGUGAGCUAAAAAACCCCUAUAGAUGUUGGUUUGAUGGUCUUGGCUAUGUUUACUUUUCUGAUGUGGGUCAAAGUCAAGAGGAGUUAAAAGUUGCUUUACUAAGAUGUUACAAAAAUGGUAUUGGUCCUGGUGGUUCUCUUGUAUCUGUAAAGAAUGCUGCAUCUGUGCUAAGACCCAAAGCAGUUAUUUCUGUAGGCACAUGUAGUGGCCUGAACCCUGCAAAAUCGAAGUUAGGAGAUGUUGUCGUAUCUGCCAAAUUAGCAACAUAUGCAUCAAAGGUAGUGACCAACAAUCAAGAACAGUCAACUGGCAUGAGAAGUUAUGUGAGCAAAGGCUUUCUGGAUGUCAUUAAGAAUUGUGCUAAUGGCUGGCACGCACCUUUGAAAGACCUGGCUGAAGCACAGCAAGUUCAAGUUUAUACUGAUGCAGAGAUCCUGAGCGGACCAGAACAAGUCAGAGCUGAGUGGCGACGUGAUCAACUUGCUAAAACCAAUCCUCAGGCAAUGGCAAUAGAAAAUGAAGGAGAAGGUGACUUCACUUUGUAUUCAGCCAGCAUUAGCAAGUAUGCAGAUAAAACCCGCAAAAGAACCUGCUUUUUCCCGUGCAAGUUAGCCUAAAUAGGUUCUUACAUAACUGGUAAUAAGGACAAAUUUAGGCUAUUUGGGUGCUUAAAUAGGUUCAUAUUUUCUGAAAAAUAAAUUGUAGCUAAGAGAAUUUAGUGAUGUUCAGCUUAUUCUUUGCAGAAAAUCUUCAUACCAAUACAUCCCAGUUGGGGUGAUAAGGCACUUAUGUCUCCAAAGGGGAUCCUGAAUGUUGACUUAUCCUAUUUGUCCAAGUGUACAAAAUUUUUUUCUUAAUUUUGAAAGUAAGAACCCGUUUUAAAUUUUAGGCUAAACAGGUUUUUGUAUAGAGGGGGCUUAUAAAGUGGCAAAUUUUAGCCCAAGAGGUUCUUAAAAACCAGGUUCUUAGUCGCGGGUUUUUACUGUAUGUAGUCAGGUCUCUUUUAAAGUGCUGUAGAUGUGUAUAUUGCUUUUAAUUCAGUGUUAAUUUUAAGGUAUUGUUCAAUUGUUUGCUUGCUUGAUUUUAAUAAUAAUAUUUGCUGUAAAGAUAUUCAUGCUCCCAAUGUAUGGGUCUUCAUUGUCAGUUUUUAGACCUUUUUUGUCAUGCUAAUGCAGAGUCCAUGGGUUCCAAAUUCCCUCUUAUCCCUCCCUAGCUGCCUUUUUUUUUCAGAUUAAUUUGCAUUUGCUCAGAUUGCUGUUAUAAUGACAGUGAUAAUAUCUGCAAAUUAAACCCAUUGACAAAACGUACAUGUUUGUGUAGGGAAGGUGCCUGGUGAAACUGAAGGGAGCCCCAAGCAAACCUAGAAGGUAACCACGACAACCCUGUGAGUGGCAUCCUGCAGGCACCAUCACACUGAGACCUUCAGUGGAGAAAUGCUCAUAUACUUAUCAAAAAACAUCCAAAGGGGAGGGAAGGCUGGUAGCAAAAACUGAGCUACAUGUAAAGCUACUGCAUGCGAAAGCAUCAUGAGCAAAAUGAUUGACUUCAGGAAAAGUACUGUAAAAUAUGCUAAAGCCACAGACUGCCCCAUGUAUAAUUAGUAAUGGAGUCAGCAUUGUCUCGUGUUUAGCCUCGCGUAAAUCACAUUUAGCCACAUUUAAACCCAUUGACAAUAGGUGGGUGUGGGGAACGUGCAUGGUGAAAUGGAAAGGAGGGCAAUUAAGUGAGCCUUGGAGGUAUCAGUGUAUUCAUGACAACCCUAGGAGUGGUGCCCACCCAAACCAGUCUACAGAUGCUUGAAUAAAACAACAGGGACCACAAACAGUGGAGUCACAGGACCUGGUUUCCCCAAGGGCAUUAAGCACCAACCCCAAACUCGCUCGCAAUAAAAGCUGAAGAAAAGCAUACCACUGAGGAUGUAUAGAGGUCCUAAUACCUGCCUGAAGCAUGUCCGCCAGUGAUUAAGGUGCAAGCUGUCCAUCACCGCAAUCCAAACAAACACAACUGGGAAGGAGACUGUAAAUAUUUCCACAGUUCACACCUUCCUCAUUUUUCAUCCAUCUUCCAACUCCAGUUAGCUUUUAAAUAUUUUGCAUUUUAUGGAAAGUUUGACUUGCAAAAUAAUGUAGACUACUGUGUACUGAUGUAGGACUGACUUCAACUCAAGUGCCAUUUUCUUCGUUGUUGUACAGGAGUGUUUACAGCAGCAUUUGACUGUCAAAUUGAGUGGUUAAUUGUGAAAGGGAUAACUGAUUACGCAGAUGGUUCUCAGUUGCCUUCAGAGAGUUGGUCUUCCUGUGCCAGUGUGAUGGCAGCAUCUCUUGUUGCACACAUUUUGAGUGAGCCUUGUGUUUUUCAUUCAUGGCCUCAUUACCAAGGUAAAUAUUUCUCAUAAUGUUAUGUCCCUUUUGGGCAUGUUGUUUUACGGCUCCUUGAUGCCACAGUAAGCUCUAUGGCAUCAAUUUCUAUUGCAUUAAGCUCCCCUGUCAUUUUAAACCAAGAAGAGAUUGAAGAGCUGACCACAUAGCUAUAUUUCUAUUUUUAAGGGUUCUUUCGAUUGGGAAAUCUGGAUUUAGAUCGUAAAAUCCGUAUUUUGGAUUUGAGAUAUCUGUUUUUAGAUUUCCUUUGUACCGUUCGAUUGGGAAAUCCGAAAAAGGAUUUGACAAACUGUCGUUAAGAGCAGUGCACGUGCAUGCAUAAUUAGCAAAAAGAAGACCGCUGUUCAUGAGAAUAGUUCUGCAAAUCUUUUUUCGGAUUUCCCAAUCGAACAGUAAAAGGGAAACCCAUGAAAUCCAGAUUCAUCCUAAGGACGGAUUUCUCAGAGAUGAAAUCCGUUUUCGGAUUUCGCGUUUGAUUGCAAAAUCCGAAGUCCGGAUUUCAAAAUCUAAAUCCGGAUUUCCCAAUCAAACGCACCCUAGGUAUUAAAACUACACUUGUCUUGAUAUGCACUUCUAGUGAGGUUAUAAGUAGCAGUAACUAGAAGAUUUCUUGAAUGUAAUUGAGAGAUCUCUUUUUGUUGAAGAUAUAUCAGAGCAGACCUCAGUCACCAGAUCAAAGGAACAGUUACCAAGUCCUUCAGGUACCAAUUUAUGGCUCCAGUCCACACGAAUCCAAAUAUUUUUUGAAACCACAUAUUUUUUUACAUGAAUAAGCCACGGAUGACUGAGCGGAUUCACUGGUUUAGUGUUUAGGGAAGGCUGUUUUAUGAUAAAGAAAAUGUUCAGUUUCAGAAAUAUCCAGAUUUGUGUGGAUGGGGCCUUAAUGUUUAAUGCUACAUUGUACAUGUACAAUCUAUUUAUUUAGUUAGUUAUUAAUUUAUUACAGAUUCACUCCACUACAUUACAAGCAAAUAAUGAAAUGAAAUAAGCUAACACUACUACAAGAAAAAAAAAAGUUGUGGAGAAGGAGACAUCCAAAAGCGCCAAUGCGCCAUACUAGGGAUGUCCCCACUAAUUAAAAUAUAAGAAAAAUAUAUACAAAUAGAAAUAUAAAUGUUUUAGUUAUCCUUUUAAAAGUUGCAAUACUGUUUGAUUCUCUAAUAUGAUUGGGUAAACCAUAUCAUUCAUCUACAACACGGUUAAAAAAACUAUAUUUAAAACCAUCAGUUCUACUAAAAUUUGGAACAAGGUCCUGUGUGUUAUUUGAAAUGUCAAUAUCAUAAUGCCCAUGAAUUACAUUUAAAAAAAUGUAACAUCUCUCGUGAACCUCCUAUUAGAUAAUGACAGCAAUUUUAGCUUAGAUAGUCUAGUAUCAUAAUCAUCAUCAGAGCUAGUGAUCCAUCUGGUAGCUCUUCGCUGAACAGCCUCCAAUUUAUCAAUUUUACGUUUAGUAUGAGGGUUCCAACUUUCGCAUGAAUAUUCUAAUAAAGGUCUCACAAGACUACAAUAAAGUGUGUUCAUUGUAUCAAUAUAUUUUAAGUCCCUACAAGUCCUCUUAACCAACCCUAAAACCACAUUAGCCUUAGCAGUUAUUUUAUCUACGUGUUGGUUCCAUGAAAGAUUACUAGCAGUAAAUAACCCUAAAUCUUUAAACACAUUAACACUUUCCAAAGGUUGACCUUCAAUAUUAUACUCCCCAACUAAGGGUGACUCUUUCCUGGUUAUUCGCAUGAUCUUACAUUUCUUGGUAUUAAUUCUCAUCUUAUUCAUCUUACACCAAUCUGAAAUUUUAUCUAUGUCACUUUGAAAAGUAGACAGAUCUUCUUGAGUACUAAUAACCCUAUACAUUUUACUGUCAUCAGCAUACAGAGCAAUUGAACUGUCCUUACUAAUUACCCCCGGUAAAUCGUUGAUGUAGACUAUGAUGAUAAUGGUCCCAACAAAGAACCUUGUGGGACACUAGAGGUUACGGUUAACCAGUCGGAAGCCUCUCCUUUCCAAUUCAACAUGUUACGAGUUUAAGAUACAUUUUCCGUUCAUUUUCCCUUCCUCUUGUUGUUUUUCUCUUGUUUCUUGUUUUCUUGUUUCUUCUUUUUUUUUCUUUUGUUGUUGGUUAUAAUUUUUUAGUUUGUUUUUUCUUGUCAUGGUUUAUGUUUUUGGAACUGUCAUAUCAGGGGUGUAGUGUACAUUAGCUAAUAAUUGGGCAAAAUUAUUUUGCACUGGGGGGGGAGGGGCACUUUAUUUGAAGACGGGUGCUAAUUCGAACGUUAUUAAAAAGACCCUCUUCCCUCUCCUCUAUUAAGUUCUCUUGUCUAAUUAGCUGCUAUUUGCGCUCUGUUCCUUAGCUUAUUUGUUAAAUUAGUAAGGUUUUCCCACCCUUAGCCUGAGCAACGGAUUUACAGUGCAAAACAAUAAAACAACACUGAACAACACAGCUUCUAAAGCCAUGUUAAACGUCAUUGAACGUGUUAAGAUAAUCAUGACAUUUUAAAUUUUUAAUACUAAAUAAGAAGGGGAGGCCAUUAUAAUGUAAACUAACUGUAGUAUAAAAGUUUUGAGAUCUAUAAUUAGUAUGUGUAAUCAAAUGGUGACGAGUGAAAUUAGGAAAUAAUUUCACGAGUAUACCAUUUGAUUACGUAUUAAUAUCAUGGGUGACGAAUUACGUUAGCAAUCUUGGAUUUUUGACAUGUUUCUCCUGGAUCGUAUCGAUCGAGAACUCCACUCUCUCAAAUGUUUAGACCUUAAAUUUGGCUUAUAAAGUUCAGAAUUUUUCCGACCUUUUCGGAAAAAUACUUGUUAGAAUCCUUCUUGAUGUUCUCUUGUGUGUUCAGGUUUUCUAAAGCGUCUUUUUGUGCCCUGACAUCUUCGUUCACGGCAUUUUAAAACUUCGUCGCCAUCUUGACACUGAGACGUACGGAAGGGUUGCCAUGGCAAUUUUGUAAUUUCACAUAUGAAAUUACAAAUUAACGCUGAAAUUUCGCGCCAAAAUUAAGGAGUAAUUCGUCACCUAUGAUAUUAUCUCAAAAAUUGAUCAACAAGUCAGCCUCUCGACAGAAGGUUGUUUAAAAAACCGGUGGUGUAAGACUUGGUAAUAAGCUUAACGCAUAAAGAAUCUUGCUCCAGUGUUAACCUGAGAUCAGGCUCUGUUUUUAUUUCACGCUUAGAUGUAAAUGGCCAUAAUAGAAAAACUACCACUAUAAGUACCACCACAAAACUUGUACAAUUAACUUUCUACUGCUCAAUGCGUUUGAGAGGAUUUAAAAGAGAUUUACUUUUUUAUAAACAGAUGCUGCAACUGCUUUUUUGGAGUGGAGUCAAAAUCAGCUUUGCUCAUUUUACAACAGUACCGCGAGCCAGUUAAUGAUUACUCCUUGGGACCGGGAUAAUACCAUGGACAUUGAUGAGGUGUAUGUAGAGUUAACACUGCUAAGAGAUGACAGAAAACUUGCUGGAACAACAAAAGAAAAGCUUCAAGAUUACAGUGAGCUAUUCGCAAGCCAAGGUCAUCAUCUAAUUCCUAAGAGAAUUUUAGUGUAUGGGAGGCCAGGAAUAGGAAAGUCGACAUUGACAAAGAAACUCGCCGUUGACUGGUCACGAGGUAAUAAAGAAAUCCUAAAGAAGUUUGCUGUUGUACUUUUAAUCAAGCUCCGAGAUGUUUGCAACACGAAAGACUUCUGUGCCAUUCUACAAAAGGCGGAGCUGUUGUCCGCAGGUGACCCUAUGGUAUUUAGUCAGUUGUAUGAUUACAUUCUUCACAACCAACAGAAAGUCCUACUUAUUUUAGACGGCUAUGAUGAAUACAGCGCCGAAAAAUCAUCGCCAGUCCAUCAGAUUUGGAAAGGCAGUCAUUUGAGAGAUUGCACUCUUCUUGUGACGACCCGACCUCGGAAAAAAGAUGAGUUAAGACCAAGAAGUCAUGCUCAGUUUGAAAUUAAUGGGUUUGGUGAGUGGCAAGUUGAAACAUUUGCUCUUAAGUUUCUUCGUGACCAAACAAAAGUAGACGAGUUCGGAAAUUUUUUAGAUGAACGCGACCUGUGGGACUUAGCGGAAAUACCACUUCUUCUGCUAAUGUUAGUUCUCAGCUGGGAGGUUUCUGAUUAUCAAGGACCAUCAACAUCCCGUGCCCUUCUGUAUAGUAAUUUUUGUCAGACGCUGCUUGAUCACGUCACCGCCAAAACCUCAGAUGAGACAUUUCGAUGCAUGGAUGAAUACAAAGAAGACCUCGCAAAGUUAGGGGAACUUGCCUGGGACGCACUUUUAAAUGGCUGUCUUUACUUCAAACUCAGCAAGCUGCCUGAAGACAUUCGGUUACUCAUUGAGAAAUUUAUCGAUUUUGGCUUUCUUCAGACUUCUAAUCCCUCAAGUUCCCCUCGUCCUGAGAAACUGGCGUUCUUUCUUCAUAAAUCGGUGCAAGAAUUCCUUUCCGCCUUGUUUUUAGUUCGUGAUUUGAAGAAUGCAAAGGAAGCCUUCAACUGUCUGUCUAAAGUCGACUCAAUUGAACGGUUCGAGGAGCUGCUUGAAGUUUUCAAAUUUGUUUCGGAGUUGUCAUCAGAAGCCACCGUUGCUAUUUUUCGCCAUCUGAAGAUGAUAGGAGAAAAAGAAGGUCUGACUGAUUACAACUUCUGUGAAAACCCCUAUAUUGAGGAGCUCACUGAAGAACAAGGAACGUUUUAUCGUACUAGUUCCGAUCUUUUUUUUUCUUGCUCUGCUUCAGAUAGGAAAAAUGUCUAUCCUUCAUUUCUGCAAUGCGUUAAUGGUCUUUUAUUGAUAGAGGACGAACAACUGCCUAAAGUUUCCAGCGAACAUUGCCUGAGAUCAACAAAUUUCGAUAAGCCAGAUUAUGUAUUUUUUGCAUCAUAUGAUGAAUCUGAUGUCGAAGUUAAGAAUGAACAACUGUUUUCUGUCUCUUCCGAUUUGGACACCGUUUUUGUGACACGUUAUGGUGACGUAAAAUCCGCCAGUAGGUACCACUAUCUAUUACCUGGCGACUUUUUCAUCAAGAAAGUCGGACAUCGAUUUGUGUGCUAUCUAACUCACCUUCAAUACCUGCCCAGUGGACUGCUUACAUCAUUAAUAUCAGCACCAGAGUCCUCUCUUCAAGAGCCUGAUCACAAGUUACAGAAUCAUGAUGUUUUCAACUCUUUGCAGUUAACUGAGAAAACGUCUGACCAGACUCUGACACACUCUCUGUCAUAUUUGAGAGAGAUUGCAAUUAUUGAGGGUGAAAUUGAGGGCCCAACAAGUGAACUUGUCAUUUUACUGAAUAAUCUUCGCCAUGUGCCUCGACUGUCUACGCUCAUUUUAAGUGCUGUUGGUAUGGGGAAUCAAGAGUGUCAGUUACUUGCCACUGCUUUAAAGUAUGUUGAUAAGUUACUCGGUGUAAACUUAUCAGGUAACCCACUCGGUCACGGUAUAAGAGAGCUUGCCAAACAUCUUCAUAGUGUGCGUCAUCUGAAACAUCUGACCCUGGGUAAUACACAGAUGGGUGAAGAGGAAGUCACAGCUUUAGCCCGUAGUUUACAGAAUGUGACUCAACUGGUUACAAUUAACUUUUCAGCUAACCCUCUCGGUCACGGGAUAAGUGAGCUUGCCAAACACCUGCACAAUGUACCUCAUCUGACAGGUCUGUACCUGGUUGAUACACAGAUGGGUGAGGAGGAAGUCACAGCUUUAGCCCGUAGUUUACAGAAUGUGACUCAACUGGAUACAAUUGACUUCUCAGAUAACCCUCUCGGUCACGGGAUAAGCGAGCUUGCCAAACACCUGCACAAUGUACCUCAUCUGAAAAGGCUGCACCUGGAUGCUACACAGAUGGGUGAGGAGGAAGUCACAGCUGUAGCCUAUGUACUCGUCUACGUACCAGAACUGGAGAGCCUUUCUCUUGUCGAAAAUCCACUGGGCCGCGGAGUGACUGAACUAAUCAAUUGUCUCAGAAGUGGUCCUCAGCUUGAUUUUCUCACUCUCAAGAAGGUUCAACUGACAAAGAAAGAGGCCACUGAGCUGUGUACAUUAGCAAAGGAAUGGAACCUGAAGGACUUGACCUCAGAUUAUGUGAGUUUCUCUUUUGUU